GUCCUUACGUGUUCCGUUCAAGCUCAGAGAUGCUCUGUGUUCUUCCGUAUCUGUAGGGUACGGCACACAAACAUAAAAAACAUGGUUCGGAUGAUGUAGAGAGACGGAGCGCAUCUGCAUUAUAAAACGCAUGAAUCAGUGCUGCCGUGUAGCGAUGCUGCUUCACAAUGUUUCCGUUUGGAUUCGAAAUUCUACCGGAUGAUGCUUUUUAGAAUGAGGGCUGCGACCGAGGGAAUGAGGAAUAACGGGAAACAGGGCAGGUCGUCGUUUUGCAAAUGUAAACAGACGAUGUCUGUGGCGAUUUGAUUGUUUCACACUGUCUGAACAAUUGUGUAAAAAGAAAGGUAUGGUUAAGGGGAGUUAGGCGACAGAGAGCAGGUAGGAAGCAGAGAGAGAAGAGAGAGAGAGAGUCGCUGGGCAAAAUCACCGAAUCCAUAAAGGAGGAUUUGGGUUGGUUAUGCUGGAAAAAUAUGGCUGUUUCCAAUUAUUGCUUUAGUGUGAUAGCACUCCAUCUCAAGUUUAGGGAGUAACUUUGUAGCAUGACUCUCGUUAUUAAUAAGUUAGUUCAAUUCCACAACUCUAAACACUGUCUUGGCUGUCCGUAAGUAGGUGUUUCCACGCAUAAAAGCUUCUUUUUUUUUUCUCGGUAUAUUGUCUCGUCGCCGCGGGACGCUAUUUGUAGGGGUUACAAAUGUCCUUUGCAAUGGAGGAUAAUUUGGAGUCGGACUGGGUGGCCGUACGGCCCAAUGCGUUUGAUGAAGAAGAAAAGCACAAAUUCGUCUUCAUUGUAGCAUGGAACGAAGUCGAGGGAAGAUUUGCUAUCACUUGUCACAACAGAACGGUUCAGAGAAAGAGCAUUAUAUUAGGCAAGGAUCCGUUAACUGAUACGGCGACACCCGGAGCUAAGGAGGAUACAACAUUUCUUAAAAGUCCUGUCAAGGAUAAAACGCCCAAAAGCCAAGCCAAAGUCAGUUGCUCUGCUGGUAAAGGGCCAACUCCCAAAACAAAGUCGCCAUCAAAGGCAGCGAAAAAAUCUAGCCCCUCUAAAUCUCCUGCAGUCAGUAAAACCGCAGUAUUCCCGGCAAGGAGCCCUGAUUUUGAGGUGUUGAAACCUGACAUAGACAACGCUCUCCCUUCAACGCAAGACAGCGAUACCUUGGGCCUGGAUGAGUUUGACUGCCUGUUCAGAGAGGACUGCAGCUGGGCCGGACUUUUCUCCUUCCAGGACCUCCGAAUUAUCCACUCACAGCUUUGUUCCGUGAACUCAGACCUAGAGCCGUGCCUUCCGCCUUUCCCGGAGGAACUGGCCGGGAUGUGGACUGUGUUAUUUGGACCGGCGGAGGUCACCCAGACCGAGAUGGACGACUUGUGUUACCGGUUACAGGUGUAUCUGGGCCACGCACUGGAUACGUGCGGCUGGAAGAUAUUGUCACAGGUUCUGUUCACGGAAAGCGACGACCCGGAAAAGUACUACGAGAGUCUGAGUGAGUUGCGGCAGAGUGGAUACGAAGAGGCGCUACAGCGCGCAAAAACUUACCUGCACAAGCUGCUGGAGCAGCACCGGGGUUUGGAGAGCAUGGUGGAGCUACUGCAGGUGUACAAGGAGGAGGACCAGGCUUAUGACGCUCUGCUGGAGGCUGCAACACAGCUGUACCAGUACCUGCUGCAGCCCUUCAGAGACAUGAGGGAGCUGGCCAUGCUGCGCAGGCAACAGAUCAAGAUCUCCAUGGAGAAUGACUACUUAGGCCCUAGGCGUAUUGAAAGUCUGAAGAGGGAGGAUUCUGAUUGGCAGAUGAAGGCACAGGAGGCGGUGCUAAACAUCCAGCAGUUCACUGUCAGAUACUUUGAGAUCACUGCCCGCGCUCAAAAAGCGGUGUAUGAGCGGAUGAGGGUGGACCAGCGUAAGCUGGGGAAGGCAGCGUGGACGGCGGCUGUGGAGCGCAUGGAGAGACUACAAUACUCCGUCGCCAAGGAGACACUGCAGCUGCAGAGAGCCAGAGAGAUCUGUCUGGAGCAACAGAAGCACACACUCAGAAAGGAGGUGCAGAGACUGAGCGGCGAUGGAGCGAUGGAGCGUCUUGACCUCAUGGAGGGGAAAUACUAUGACCUUCAGCUGCAGCUGUAUGACAUCCAGGCUGACAUCCUGCAGGGGGAGGAGAUGCUGCUCACCGCUCAGCUGGACAGCAUACGCAGACAGAUGACUGAGUGCCAGGACCAGGUGGUGUACUAUGAUACCUAUGAGAGUGUGGAGGGUGUGGUGGAGGAGGAGAACACAGACAGAGAGGAGCUGAAGAGGUUGCAGCUCAGCGCCAGGCAGCUGGAGGCCAGGAGGGGGCGUAUCACUGCCAAACGCACCUACCUCAAACACAAGAGGGAGAUUUGUGUGAGUAACCAUGGUGACAAGCAGCAGCGAUGCCCACGCAGCCAGCAGGACGUACAGCAGGAGGAAGAGGAGGAUGAGGAGAGGAGGAACAGCAGAGUGAGUCUGGAGAGACAAAAGACCCUGGACAGGUUGCGCAACUUCAAACAGCGGUACCCUGGUCAGGUGAUCCUGAAGUCCACCCGUUUGCGUGCGUCCCAGUCCAGAGGAGAGGAGAAAGGGGGAGAGGGAGGAAGUGGAGGGGAGAACCAGGGCCAGACCAGAAGUCUGAGCACCAGUGUGCAGACAGACCCCAGCCCAGUCCUAAACCUCCCAGCAUCACUGCUCCCCAUACCAGACAACUCACCCCCUUCUUCUCCGCCAGAGUUCCCUGCCUCCCCGGCUUCUCCACCUCCUCUCCCGCCCCCCCCUCCUCCUCCGCCUCCCCCCCAGGAAGGGACGCCCCUCUCCUCUGCCAGCCAGGCUCCGGGUCCCGGGGAGGCGAAGGGGGAGACCGGACCUCCCCCCCUCUCUCCCCUCGGGCCCUUCCUCCCUCGCUUCUUUGACAGCAGCCAGCUGGUGAAUGCCAGGAAAAGGCUGAGGAAGACCUCUCCUCUGGAGGCUCACAGGAGGAAAGUGAGCUCCCCCAUGGACGAGGUGCUGGCCUCUCUAAAGAGGGGCAGCUUCCAGCUGCGCAGGGUUGACCAGCGUGGCCCGGCCCCGGGCCCAGAAGACGACCCAGACAACAUCCUGGUCCAGAUCCGGAGGGGGGUGAAGCUGCGGUGUGUGCCCAGCAAGGAGGCCCGGGGCCGGAUGGAGGACGUGCCCUUGGACCCCCUGACCAGGAGCAUUCACCAGGCUCUGCAGCGCAUCAAGGACGCUUCGCCUGACUCUGACUCAGAUGACGAGGGCUUGUUGUGUCCUGACUGGGAGAGCUAGGGAUGGCACAUACACUUAUACACACACACUCAUGCACACAUACACAGACUCACAGACCCUCUCAUGCUGUACAUAAACUAUACUAUAGGCACACAGUCAUGUACUGUAAAUUCACACACACAUAUCUAAUCACAGCCAGUCAAUGUGAAUCUGGGAUGUGUACCUUUUUCAGUGUCUCUGCUUAUGGCACAAAGCAAUUACAAGCAAUUUCAAGUUACAAUCAAGCUUUUAAUAAUUACGGUGGUCACACACACAACCUACACAUGCACACACACACACCGACACACACACUUAUAGCAUUCAACACCACAAGUAUUGCCCUGUGUUGGAAUAGUGUGUGUGUGUAUGUCUUUAUCUCUAUCCCUCUCUCUCUUUCUCUCCCCAUCCCUCUCCCUUGUUCCUUUUCUCUCUAUCCGAUCCGUCUUUCCCUACGUCCCUUUCUUUUCCUUUAUCAGUUUCUUUCCCCGUCCCUCUGUCUCCAUCCCCCUCCUCUCCCUGCAUCCCUCCCUCCCCCAUGCCUCUGUCACAGUUCAGUGUGAAGGGGGAUAGGUCUUGUAUGAUUGCAGCAUAAGGUAUGUCUGCAGGCUGACACACAGUCUGAUAAUGGGCUUAUCUCCUGACCCUGAGCCAGCCAACAUUACACUGUUGCACGCCAGCCAGCCAGCCAGUUAGUCAAUCUGUUAACCAGUCAGUCAGCCAGCCAGUCAAUCUGUUAGCCAGUCAGCCAGCCAGCCAGUUGGCCGGGCAGUUAGUCUGUCAGUUUGUUAACCAGCCAGUCACAAGCCAGCCAGUCAGUAAAGUUGUUAGCCAGUCAGCCAGCCAGCCAGCCAGUUGGCCAGGCAGUUAGUCUGUCAGUUUGUUAACCAGCCAGUCACAAGCCAGCCAAUCAGUUAAUCUGUCAGCCAGUCAGUCAGCCAGCCUGUCAGUUUGUCAUCCAGCCAGUCAGUCAGUCAGUUGUUUUUCCAGUCAUUCUAUCAGUCUGUCAGCUGUUUGGCCAGCCAGCUAGUCAAUCUUUCAUACAGACCAACAGGCAACCAGUUAGUCAGAGGAUUUAGUGGCCUUGAGGGGGAAUCAGUAACCCGGUAACAGCAUUUGUGUGUGUUUCUGAGAGGGGUGGGGCAGAGGGAAAAGGAGAGAGAGCAAGGGAUGGGUAAAUUGACUGCUGACAUCGAGUGGGUAGUGAUUAUGUCAUCACCACAGAACUCAGAGCUCCACACUCCAAUAGGAUGGAGGGAAAAGGAGGAUGGAGGGAAAGAGGAGGAUGUUUUUCACCCCCUCAUAUUUAGUGGUCUGGGAAGAGAAAAGAGACCCUGUUGGAUUAUUUCUCUGCUCCCCCCCCCUUUCUCCCUAUCCCUCCCUUCCCUUCUCACGCUCUCAACACCCCUCCAUCAGCAUCUCUACCACUCUAUUACACUUUUAUCUUCUCUCUUUUUUUGCCAUGUUUUCCUGCCGUCUUUCCUAACAGAUAGAAGCACACAGUUGGAGGUCCAAUAAUCACUGCAUGAUUGUCUUGCACACAGACACACACACAGUCUUGUUGGACUAAGACCACAGUUGCCUUUUAACUAGUCCUUAGUGUUCAGUGUGGGUACCGCACUUCAUUCUAGGAAUUCACAAGACAUACACACACAAUCACAUAAGGGAAGGUGAGGGUUAGGGUUAGCCUAAACUAAACUUGUUGAGGAACAUUGUAAGACUUGACCUUCCUAUGUUGUGUGAUAAGGGUUGUUUUGACCUCACAAAGCAUAACCUCACAGUCUGUUAUUGUGGUUUUGACCUUGACCACUGUAUGUUACUCUCUCUGCACUGUUAUUCCAUUAUAAACAUUUCUACAAUCAAUCAAUACACUUAAUUCUUCCCUGAGUGGCAAUUUGCAGAGGCAGUAUUGUGACACAUAACCUAGGCCUGACCUCAUCAUGAUCCUAGUUCUAACCUCAACCCAAAUACGAGCCUACCCAACUCUAAAAGUAAUAUCUACUUAAUCCCAACUCUGACUUGACUUGGCUUGAACAGCAUAGUGCCAUGGACCUACACCUUAAUGAUCUCUUAACACCAAAUGGACACCACAUUGACCUAAUCUACACCACUACACUGAUCUAUCACCUUGACCUAUCAUCACCACACUGACCUAUAGAUAGAUUCUUUAUUGUCCUUUUUCAAGGAAAUAUGUUGCCACCAUCUGUACAGAGCCUCACAUAAACACAGAUUACAUAGAUAUAAUAUACACUCAUACAUACAAUACGUAGAUACAGUAUACACCAACAUAACUACCUGGCUCAUAUACACAGCAUCUUUUCAUAUGCUGUUUACUGGGUGUUUUGUUUAAAUUAUGCUAUGCCGUCAGGAACAAAACUCCAGCCAUAGCAUGCCUGUAUCUAGGCCAGGGAUCUGUAUCUGCGACCUGCUGGAAGCAGUGUGAAAAUGGAUUGAAGUGGCACCUGGGGUCAUGUGCAAUGGUUUGUGCUGUGUGAAAUGGCUUUACUGUUGAGGUCUGAGAGGUAGGGGGUGGAGAGGCUGUCAUCAAUCACACUGACCUAUCAACACCUCACUGACAUCAACAACCUGUCGACCUAUCAACACCACACUGACCUACAUGUUAGUGAACGUAUUUGCAUUUGAAAUUUGUUUGUAAAAAUGAUAUUAGAUUUAUUUGUUGCAAGAACUAGUUCCAUGUUACAUUAUCAACAAACAUGAUGUUGUAAUAAUUAUAGUGAUAGUCACCCAAGAAGUGCAUAAUCAUUGAUAGAAAGUUAUUAUGUAUAGCUUAUUAGGAGCCAAAUUAUUUUGUAGAAGUGCAAAAAACACACAAUUUACAAACAACUCAUCCUAAAUUGCUUGAAAAAACGAAAUGUGUUCAUUUAUUCUGCCCCUCAGUCUCCCAGAGUUGCAGACUGGUUUAGUCAGGGAGCUCCAGAAUAUUUAAAGCUGUUUAUUUAUGUCCUCCUUGCUAUUUAAUAAACCUCUGAGAGUUGA